AUGAGCUCAUACACCCAGCCGCAAUGGCCAUCUUGGGCCUAUACCCCCGAGGUCAACGACCCGUUUUCUGGCUAUCCUCAGUAUAGCAACAACUACUCCUCAUACCUCGCCGACUCAAUGGAGGCCUACCAGACCCACCACCACCACCACCUUGUCCACAAUCACCAGAUGUCGCGCACCACCGAGUCUAAGCCUCGUCUUUCCAAGGAGGAGGUUGAGCUUUUGGAGGCUGAGUUUCAGAAAAACCACAAGCCUAACAGCACCGUCAAGAAGGGAUUGGCUGAGUCAAUGAGGGUCGACAACGCCCGUAUUAAUAAUUGGUUCCAGAACCGACGUGCUCGUGAGAAGAAGGAGAAGAACAUCCGCGAAUAUGAGGCCAGACAGAAGCUUGAGCAAGAUCCGUCCCAGCCGGAAUCUGGCGACUCGGCUGCGCACCGCAAGAGCGAUCUUGUCGCUUCAAGCGCGCCAUUCCCAAGCACACAGACGGCCCCAUCCCGCUCACACACUGGAACUCCAGAUGGCUCUUCCAGCCCUGCCUCGCUCUUCCAGGCCAAGGAAACUCCUGUGUCCGACAGCAGUGUCAUUCUUCCAAGCACAGAGCUGUCUCCCCAGCUUUCUCCCGAGCUCACUGUCAAGCAAGAGCCCGGAUAUGACGAUGUUGCUUCUGCCCAGUAUGGCCAGAUGGGAAAUUCCGAAUUACUGGCCGACAACGAACUCUCCCCCAAUGCCCUCUCCGACAGCCACGAGCAAGAGUUUAUGCUCUCGGCCGGUGGCUCCGAAUCUGGCUAUUAUAUGAGCCAAUUGAACGGAUCAGCUGGAGCGCCAUUCCAAGCCUCUGGUGACUUUCAAACCGCCAACCCCCAGAAGCCCACCCAGAUCAUUGAUAUCGCAGCCCGCCGAAACCGCCGCCCUCCUCCUCUGUCAAUCAACAGUGGCUUAAGGAGCCACUCAACUGGCCUCCUGAAGACUGGAGUUGAAAUGGGCCGACGAGUCGAUGUCUGCAACUCGAUCCGACGAGUCGCCUCGUCCACUGGUCCUAUGCGUGUUCAGAAGCCGGUCGGCACACCCCGCAGCCCUUUCUUUAGUAGGGCCACUGGUGACGGAAUUCAGCUCAAGCGAUCCCCAGUCCUUUCUGGAAUCAAAGGCUCGAACGCACCACCAACUCCCGAUACCCCAGUUGUGAUCACGACACAGUCCCUGGAUUCUGCCCACCCAGACUCCGACUCCGACUCCAGUGAUAGGUUUUCUGUCCCUGACAUGACAAUCCAUGACCCUACCCUGCGAACACCACCAACGACUCCAGGCGUCAUGGAGGGAUAUUUCAGCCUCAAUGCCGUCUACGACAUGCAGAUGCCAUCGGAUGGCAAUCUGCUCACACCCAGCCUGGCCACUUACUCCAACAAUCUCGAUGUUGCUAAUGUGCCAAUGGCUGUCCCGGCGUAUAUCGCCAACCCUACUGGAUGCUCAAGCCAGCCAGUGACGCCAUCUCUCCCUGCUCACACAAACGGUGGAUAUUUUGGUAUCACUAACAACAAUGCCGAGUACCAAUGGCCCGAUCACUCCUCGCGCAACUCUUCGCCUGUUCGAGGUCCUCAGCAGCCUCAGUUCAUGAACAUGACAACAUCGAGCUUCUCUCCUUCUGACAGGUAA